AUGUCGUCCGCCAGGGCCCGGAUCCUUACGGGCCGUACAGUCAAGGGCCCUGAGGGCAAUGACACACCGCGUUCACUACUUGUGCCACAGCUGCAGCACCAGGCUUGGCGAGACGCACCGUCAGCACUAAAGCUCGAUGUCAGUGCGCCAGGCACGCUUGACUCGCUGCAGUUCGUUGAAGACAGCGAGCAUGAGAACGAGCUCGGGCCGCAAGAGGUAGAGAUAGAGGCCAAGCCAUGGGGGCUGAAUUUCCGCGACGUGCUGAUUGCACUCGGUCGGUCGUGA